AUGCAAGAAAGCCGGAUACAUUUUUACGACUUGACAGUCAUCCUCUUGAGAACUCUUGCAGCUUUAGCACUCCCGCCGACAACAUGCGUUGUACGCUUGCUCGGAGAUCAGAUCACUGUGGAGCAGAUGUCCAACAAGGUUCCUUCUUGGCAGGUGGACCCCAACUCAUACCGGAUCUUCGUUGGAGGGCUUCGAAAGACGACCACAGAGGACCGCAUCCAUGCGCACUUUGCCAGAUUUGGCGAGGUCCAGGUUGUGGAGAUCAAGCGCCAGCCCGAUGGCACUUCUCGAGGGUUUGCCUUCGUGCGAUUUGCUCGGCUUGACUCUGUGGAUCGCGCAAUCGAGGCCCACGCACAGCACAUGAUCGACAACAAGUGGGUUGAUGUGAAACGACACGAUAAUGAUGCCCACUCCGCUGGGCCCGCUUCUGCCUACCGGGACGACCGAGAGCGGAAGAAGAAACAGGCUACGGCGAGUAGCGAUGACGAUGCUGUGGACGACCGCAAGGCUGCACGUUCGAUGCUGCAACAGUCAAUGAAAACUGCCAUGGGACAGGUCGACGGCGACGAGAAGGCCGAGAAAGGUGACGAGCCUGAGCAUGAGUCCGGCAAUGAUGAUGGGAAUGAUGAGCAUGAUGAACCCGAUGAUGAUGGCCUCCAUGAACCCCAUGAUGGCCAUGAAUAUGAUGGGUAUGCAGUCCAGGUGGUGAUGCAGCAAAUGGGGAGCCCAAAGCUGGAAGUUGCGCACAAAGCAAUGGCGCGGGAAACUUUGGAAGUGUUCCAGGUGAGGGGGUGUGUGGGCAAGGCUGCGUGGGUGGUCAUGGCUGCUGUGGUGGCUUUGGCUGCGGUGCUUGUGGUGGCUGCCCUGGUUGCGCUGGCUGUGGUGGCUGCACUGGCUGCGGGGCCUGUGGUAGCUGUGGCGGCUGCGCUGGCUGUGGUGGCUGUGCUGGCUGUGGAAGCUGUGGUGGCUGUGGUGGCUGCGCUGGCUGCGGUGGCUGCGCUGGCUGUGGUGGCUAUCGUGGCUGUGGUGGCUGUGGUGGCUGCGCCGGCUGCGGAGCUUGUGCUGGUUGCGGUGGUUGUGCUGGUUGUGGUUGCUGUGGUGGAUGUAGCUGUUGUGGUGGCUGUAGUGCAAGCCCUGGUUGCUGUUGUGGUGGGGGUUGUGGCAACUGCGUGUUGGCCGCAGGUCCUGGCAACGGCCUCAGCUUCGACUGUACAAGAGUCGAGCGAGAUUUUCGCUUCCGGUCUUCCGAGGGCCAGCACCGAGCCUGGCGGUGGCUUCGUUGGUGGCAGCACUGAGGGCGGAGAGGAGACAGAGCUGCAAAGGAGACGAAGGCAAAACGGUGGCAACAAUGAGAGCAAAAACGGCACGAGGCAGCACGGCAGCACUGCAGCACCGACAACGCAUGAAGAGGUCAGUGCCAUCAGCCAGCCUCCUCUCGACAUAGAAGCAAUUGCAGUUCUGCUGCAGCGAAGGCUGCUUGCAAUCAGCGUCGAGGAAGCCCGACGGCGGGAACAGAAAGCACAUGAGGACGCGAAAGCUCGGGGUGCAAAUUCAGUCAGCACCCAGGCCGUUGAUUCGAUGUUCUCGGUGUUAUUUGGCCUUGGGAUCGCCUGCUGGUAUUUUGACUGGUUCGCGGUGAGAGAGCAGACGCGCGUGGAGCGCUUGACUUCCUGGCUCCGAUCCCGCGAGGUUGCUGUUGUCGCCUUUGAGCUGGACAACGUCAUGUGCUGCAGGUCGCGCGGCGAGAAAGGUGUCACACUUUUCCAGCUCGAGGACUACUUUGCAGGAGUCAGCCAAGAAUUUGUCGAGGUUGCGGCUGCGCUGGCACGCCGCGGCUUUUUCAUGUCUGCUGUCGUGCACGGCAGGCCUAACGAAGGCGGUGACCGCAGAGAUGCAGUGCAGUCGUCACGUUGGUGGCAGAGCUCGAAGGAGGCGAAUCAGCCAGAGCUCGUGGAUGGUGCAGAGCUUGCCAGAAAGCUCAUCGCAAGCCGGUGUCCCGAAGCUCUCUCCAGCUUCAAGGUUUUCACCUGUGUGGGUGGUCCUCUUCAGUCCAGGCCAGUGUCAUUGAACAGGGCUGGGCCGUCGGAGGAGGUCGGCAGAGUGAUGUCCAGCGUGGAUGAUUGCAUCCAGUACGUUGCGAAGGAGCACCGAGUUUCCGCUCGGCGGGUUGUUCUUUUCACGGCUUCGAAAGAGCUGGCUCGAGAUGGAGCCGAUGAGAGCUGGACAGCCAUCCAUGUUCCGAGUUCCACCGAAGGCUUCCGCUUCGAUGACAUACAGCUCCCAAAAGACGGCGAGUCAGGUUGGUUCGAGCUGCCAGAGAUCAUCUUCAACAAGGUGCUGCACUUGAUACGGCUGGCCUGA